AGUUGCUUGGUUUUAUUUAAGAGUUAAAGUUGUUGAUAAAUAUAUUUGCGGUACAACAAGAAUUGACCACCAAUUCUCGAUCUUCUCAUCUCAAUGAUAUUUCAAAGUAUGGUGUGUUUACUAAGAAUGUAAGGGAUUUAAAAGCAGAUUAGACAUAUAAUUUUAACCUACUAAAUAGCAACAAACCUCCCCAAAGGUCCCAUGAUGUUAUAGAGCACCUGACACUAAGGUGUAAUCUGUAGAAUGUAAAGAUGAUGAGUGAUGACCACCACCACCCCAUCUGAGCUCAAUGAGGAAGACCUAGUACAUUUCAACCUCGGAGCAUCAGAUCCGUGGGAUGACGAGAACGACGACUACCCCGAGGUUAUCUUCCACAAGGUUCCCAGCGCUGACAUUGUCUACGAGACCACCCCUCAAAUCCCCAAGUUUGUCGGGAAGUAUCUGCUGGGUGACGCACUAGGGGAGGGCAGUUAUGCGCGGGUUAAAGAAGCUCUCGAUACUGAGACAGUACGUCGAGCUGCUGUGAAGAUUAUGAAGAAGAAGAAACUGAAGAAGAUACCUUCUGGUGAAGAGAAUAUGAAGCGUGAAAUCAGUUUAUUGCAGAAACUGUCUAAAAAUCCACAUCCCAAUAUUAUUGAGUUGUACGAUGUCCACUACAAAGUUGAAAAAGAGAAAACGUAUCUCUUUAUGACAUUCUGCUGUUGCUCAUUACAGGACAUGUUGGAUGACAGUGAGGAGAAGAAGUUCCCUCUGUGGCAGGCUCACAAGUACAUUUACCAAACAUUCCAGGGACUCCAUUACUUGCAUUCCAGACAUAUCAUACACAAGGACAUUAAACCUGCUAACCUGCUGCUGGAUCCAUCUCACACUGUAAAAAUCUGUGAUUUCGGUGUGGCAGAGGAGUUAGACCCCUUUUCUCAAGCGGACACAAUAAAAGGAAGCCAGGGAGCUCCCAUGUUCAUUGCUCCGGAGAUAGCUGUUGGGAAAGACGUGUUCUCCGGCCAGAAACUUGAUGUUUGGUCUGCAGGUGUUAGUCUGUAUAACUUUGUGACGGGAAAUUACCCCUUCAACGCGGAUAAUGUAUUCAAAUUGUACAGAAAGAUCGGAGAGGGGAAAUACAUUAUACCUGAUUACUUACCGGAGAGUCUGAAGAAUUUAUUAGAGGGUAUGCUACAAUACGAGUUUGAGAACAGGCUUAGUUCCCACGAUUGUUUGAAUCAUCCCUGGAUCACAAGAAAACAAAACAGGUCUUACGAUGAGGUGCAGAUUCCCAACAACAUUGCAGAGGAAUCCACCCUUAUCCAGUAUCUAGACCAGCUACACCUAGAAGAGGGAGACAUCAGUCUACCAGGUCACCCUACAGCCCCACCUACCUCCUCCCUGCAGACCAGCUCUGAUGACAUCCUCUCUUCGGAUCAGCGUCUGGUGGGUGAUAUGCUGGAAGUAUCCGAUAGCAGGUCCAGUAGAUCGGGCAGUUUUGUUAACAGUAUGAAGGGUUGCAAGCAACAGUGAGCCGGGACUUGCGGAGUAUUCUCGUUACAUGUUAUCGUAGUUGUUAUGGAUUGUUAUGAUGGUUUUGUUCAGUUGUCAGAAAUAUCAGUUUGCUUGAAAUGUUAUCACAUCAGUAAUGGAUCCCUUACUCAGUUUGCAGGGAUAGAAUAAUGCUUGUGUAUUCUCGAUGUGUGUUCGUGCAAGUCUUGAUAAGUUGAUAUGGGUACAGUUUACUUAUAGAUAGUAGACUAUCGAUUAUCAUUUCACGUUGAAGCCUGGUUUAAGGCAGAAUUUUGCUAUAUUUUUGUGUAAAUUUGUAUUGUAAAAUAACCGCAUGAAUACAGUGUAUCAUAGUUUCUUAUCGUUUCCAUUUAUAUAUAAUGUACGGGUUGGUGAUAGGCGUACAUUUCUUCCCACAUUUUUACAGUUUGCUUAUCAAAGACAUGAUCUCUCAGAAUUUUUCACUUUUUAACUUGUGAUAAGAAUUUAUUAUUCGAUUGGACGUUUCAGUUUAUUAGUUGCAUCAACACUUUCAUUGCAUAUUACCCUUGGUUUAUCAUAUGAUAUAAUUUGUUAAGUUUUAAUCAUUUGAAUUGCUUCAUCUGUUUGACUAAAUGACGUUCUGGCACUA